AAGUUGGGGGGGGUGGGGCGCCGAGCGCGCGGGGUGGGGGGGUCCUGGUCUUUGGCUUCUCGACUCGGUCCUGUUUCGACAGCGAACAUGUCUCGGCCUGUCAGAAAUAGGAAGGUCGUUGAUUAUUCACAAUUUCAGGAAUCUGAUGAUGCUGAUGAAGAUUAUGGAAGAGAUUCGGGCCCUCCAGCUAAGAAAAUUCGAUCAUCUCCCCGAGAAGCUAAAAAUAAGAGGCGAUCUGGAAAGAAUUCACAGGAAGAUAGUGAGGACUCAGAAGAAAAAGAUGUGAAGACCAAGAAGGAUGAUUCUCACUCAGCAGAGGACAGUGAAGAUGAAAAAGAAGAUCAUAAAAAUGUGCGCCAGCAACGGCAGGCAGCCUCUAAAGCAGCCUCUAAACAGAGGGAGAUGCUCAUGGAAGAUGUGGGCAGUGAAGAAGAACAAGAAGAAGAGGAUGAGGUGCCAUUCCAGGAGAAAGAUUCCGGCAGUGAUGAGGAUUUCCUAAUGGAAGACGAUGAUGAUAGUGACUAUGGCAGUUCAAAAAAGAAAAACAAAAAGAUGGUUAAGAAGUCCAAACCUGAGAGAAAAGAAAAGAAAAUGCCCAAACCCAGGCUAAAGGCCACAGUGACGCCAAGCCCUGUGAAAGGCAAAGGGAAAGUGGGUCGCCCCACAGCUUCAAAGGCAUCAAAGGAAAAGACUCCUUCUCCCAAAGAAGAUGACGAGGAACCAGAAAGCCCUCCUGAAAAGAAAACAUCUGCAAGCCCUCCACCUGAGAAAUCUGGGGAUGAAGGGUCUGAAGAUGAAGCCCAGUCUGGGGAGGAUUAAAAGUGAUGAUGGUUUGGGGAGAGAUUUUAUUAAAAAAAGAGAAAAAAAAAAGAAAAAAGAAAAAAAGAGGGGAAAAAAAAAGAAAACCUACUUAAGAUAGAAUAUGGUUUUGGCUAUGGCUUGACUCAUGGGCUUUCAAUGCUUUUUUUUUUCCUUUUGUUGAAAAAUAACAUUUUCUUCUUCUUCUUUUUUUUUUUUUUAAGAAAACCAUUGUAUGUUUAAUUUACCUUUUUUGUCUAUGGGUCUCUUUGUCGCGACCCCCUCUUCUCCCUCCUCCUCUUUCCCAAUGAAAGCCAUGUUAAAUUAA